GGGGGUUCUUCUGUUCGUUGUGUUUGUCCCAGCGGCGGUGGGAAUGGAUUUGAAAUCUCGCGAUUUUUGGGACUUUAGAAGUUCCAGUGGAAAAUGGCGCCCGUUGUGACGGGGAAGUUUGGUGAGCAAGCUCCACCGCAGCGCCUGACGAGAGAGGCCAUGAGAAACUACCUGAAGGAGAGGGGAGACCAGACCUUACUCAUACUACACGCUAAAGUGGCACAGAAGUCUUACGGCAACGAGAAGAGGUUCUUCUGCCCUCCUCCUUGUAUCUAUCUGAUGGGCUGUGGCUGGAAGAAGAAGACGGAGGAGAUGGAGAGAGAGGGCUGUUCAGAGCAGGAGGCUCAGCCCUGUGCCUUUAUAGGGAUAGGAAACAGUGACCAGGAGAUGCAGCAACUCAACAUAGAGGGGAAGGACUUCUGCACAGCUAAGACUCUAUACAUCAGUGACAGUGACAAGAGGAAACACUUCAUGCUGUCAGUCAAGAUGUUCUAUGGUAACAGUACAGACAUAGGAGUCUUCCUUAGUAAGAGGAUCAAAGUUAUCUCUAAACCGUCCAAGAAGAAACAGUCUCUGAAGAACGCUGACCUGUGUAUAGCGUCAGGGACCAAGGUUGCGUUGUUUAACCGGCUGCGUUCUCAGACCGUCAGUACCCGCUACCUACACGUGGAGGGAGGGAACUUCCAUGCCAGUUCACAACAGUGGGGAGCCUUCUACAUACACCUCUUGGAGGAGGAAGAGCCGGAAGGGGAGGAGUUUGCGGUGAGGGAUGGAUACAUCCACUAUGGUCAGACUGUCAAACUGGUCUGUUCUGUCACUGGUAUGGCGCUGCCUAGACUGGUGAUCCGUAAGGUGGACAAGCAGACAGCGUUGAUGGAUGCAGACGACCCAGUGUCUCAGCUCCACAAGUGUUCCUUCUACCUGAAAGACACCGAGAGAAUGUACCUCUGUCUCUCACAGGAGAGAAUCAUUCAGUUCCAGGCCACGCCCUGCCCCAAAGAGCCCAGUAAAGAGAUGAUAAACGAUGGAGCCUCCUGGACCAUCAUCAGUACAGACAAGGCAGAGUACACCUUCUACCAGGGGAUGGGUCCUGUACCCUGUCCUGUUACACCGGUCCCUGUGGUGGAGAGUCUGCAGUUGAAUGGUGGAGGUGAUGUGGCCAUGUUGGAGCUGACGGGACAGAACUUUGCUCCAGAUCUCCGAGUCUGGUUUGGAGAUAUCGAGGCUGACACCAUGUACAGGUGUGGAGAGAGCGUGCUCUGUGUGGUGCCUGACAUCUCCGCCUUCAGAGAGGGGUGGCGCUGGGUCCGUCAGCCCGUCCAGGUGCCCGUCACCUUGGUCCGCAACGACGGAGUCAUCUACUCCACGGCCCUCACCUUCACCUAUACCCCAGAACCAGGCCCUCGGCUUCACUGCAGCGCUGCCGGAGCCAUCCUCCAGACCCACAGUCACAGUAUCUCCUCUUCGUCCUCAUCCUCGCCUUCCUCAGGGAGUCUGGGGAUGGGAGGUUUAGGGGGGUUGGCGGAAGGACAGACGGGCUACGGGAUUGGCCAAGGGGGAGGGUCAACCAAUAGCGUUGGGUUGUUGUCGGGUUCAUCGGUGAUGUCAGUAUCGUCAUAGCAGCGGGGAAGUGUGUGUGGGGGGGAGGUGAGAGGCUCAUGGACCUGCUUUGAAACCACCCUCGCUCGCUCAAGGACUCUUUGGAAAGAGAGCGAUUUGAGUUGAAGAGGAGAAGAGAAGAAGAGAGAUGAGGUUCUGAUGAAAGACGGACCUGGAAGGAGGGGGAUCCCCUCUCUCUGGCGCCCCCGUGUGGUCAGUUGUGGACAUGACACUGCAGCCUGGGAGAGGUUUCACCUCCAGGAUGACACAAUAACUAGGAGCCCUUUUUAUACAUUUGUUGGAGAACAACUUUUAUUAUUUUCAACACUCACAAUUUCUACAAAGUUUGGAUAAUUAUUUUUUUUUUACCCACAACAAAGGGCUUUGGUAAUGAUGGAGAUAUCACUCAUGUGCAGAGAAAUGUCAUUAUUGUUUUAUGGGUGAAACAGUUAUAAUAGUAACAAUUUUUACGGACCAAGGAAUAUUAUUAUUUUAUUCUUUAUGAUAUUUUAUAAGCUUUAGCCGAGGUACAUUUUCAAAUGUUGUUUUUUGUACUAUAACGUUUUAGGGAGUACACUUUUUUUGUUACCAAAUAGUUUUUUUUUCUCCAUUUGAGAGAGAGAGAGAACUCUGAGGAGAUUGAGUAACAUGAUUCAGGCUGCGUCUCAAUCGGCUAAAAAACUGGAUUCCUCCCUUUAUUAGUGUGAAAGAGUGACGCGACCUCGUGGUGCUUUGUGCAAGUCUUAAAGUCUGGAAAAGGUCAGGGUUGUAGUUAUCUGAAUAGGGCAAGAGUUGAACAAGUGAAAGCAAACUCGAAAGUAGGUUCUCUCUCUCUCUCUCUACCCCAUCUCUUCCACCUUCUCUGUCCUGUCCGGAUUAAGGAGAGGAAAUUAGGAGGAAGGGAGGAAGGAAGCCAUUUUGAGACGGUUAACAUGCACCCCGUAAUCUCAGCCAGUUUCUAUAGCAACCUUAAAUCUUCCUGGCCAAUCGCCUUAAAUUGAUCAGUCUCUCACCAGACCUUUUCAGAAGAAACGAAAGAAAGAUAUCUUUUUUCUUUUAUUUUUAUGUGUGUGUGUAUAUAUAAGGUUGUCGUUUUCCGAAACUGUUCUAAGAGUGUUUGGUCGACACUCGUCAAGCCAAGGCCUGGGAAUGUCUCAUCAUGUCGUUGGUCUCUGUCUCUCAAAUGACACCUGAUUUCAUAAAUAGUGCACUACUUUAGACCAGGGCUCUCCUAUGGGGGAUCCUAAAAAAGGGAAUUGGAGUACCGUUUGGGAUGCAGAAGUUGGUUUUUACACUACCGUUCGGCCUCAUUCCCAAUUCGGCUCCUAGCAUCUUGCCCCUAGUAGACGUUUGUGUAAAUCUGAGAGGAUUGUACAGGUAUUACCAAUAUGGUAAUCACCCCUGUGGCCUUCUAGGCUUCGGGUAAUUCAUGCCAUUUUUGAUGACUUAGUGCAUACUAUCUAGGGGUCAUUUGCUUACCUAGUGCACGCUAUCUAGGGGCUAGGGAUUGGUUUGGGACUGGACACUUUCAAGCAGCUCCCCCUCUUAUCUAUCUAAUGAAGCCGUAGCAUCAAACAGAAAAUCACUUGCGUCGCUAAGCUGAUAGCCCCACUACACUGUAAAUGUCAUUCGCUAAAGCUUCAUUGGAAUUCAAUUGGCUAAGCUAAUGGCUAAUGCUACAAUGUAAUUCUAUGAGUGAAGCUAAGCUGAAGCUAAUGCUACUGUGUCGUUCUAUUUUAGUGAAGCUAAGCUAACGCUAAGCUAAGCUACAAUGUAAGUCUGGUAGUGAAGCUAAUGCUAAUAUGUAAUUAAUGUCACUUGGCUCUACGGCUAAACUUAAUUAUUGAAAUCACGAUGCCUUUAAAAAACAAUAAAAAACACUCCCUAGCAAGAGACUGUUUUCUGUCUCACCACUGUCUGUUUUCUCACAAAGUAGUCUCUCUCACGUCACAUUUUUAGGUAGCCUACCAGUCGGUGUGUUUUUUUUUUUUAAUUUUCAUUUUUGUUCAUCACGAGGGAAUCAUUUUUCCCUAUGUUCAGCAUACAACUACAAUGUUUUCCCUCCACUGUAGAAAAAAAAAAAAACGGUUAUUGAAACGAUUGCCAAAAAUAUGUGUGUCCCAUCUUUGUUGUGGGUCAACAGGUGGACCUGUUCACCUGUUGCUUACCUGUCAUUGGUGCUGUACGACGUCGAAGGGGAUGGUUACUCUGUUACUAUGGGAACGGCUUAUGAUAACAUGUACUGUAACUGGCUCUAACUGAUUUUGAUUUGAGUUGUAACUUUUUUUUAUCGGUUUUCAUCUUGGAUCAAUGCUCGUAUGGCUGUUUUGUUUUUUGGUGUUAUUCAUUGAUUUAAAAAAAAAAAAAAAACCUGUGGAAGUUAUUUAGUUGGCAAUCGGUUCUCAAAUACAGGUCACCAGUUUUUGGACUUUCUUUUGAGGAAAUUCUCUUUUGUUCUGCUCUGUUUUUAAAUUGUGGUGCCUUGCCUCUUAACAAGUACGAGGAACAAUAUAACUGUUCUCAAAUCUGUGGUCCCCACUCAAACCCUAACCAGUAUAAGCUAACACAACUAUGAAACUGGCCUGGGAUCAUUUCUUACGUGAUGAUUUUUCCUCCCUUCAUAUUGGUGUUGUCUCCUGGGUCGUUAUUCACUAGGAAACUCAAACGGAAUCAAACUCUGCAGGCAACGACCUGAACUUGUCUCAAUAAGAAACGCUUGUUUUUCCCCAUUGCAAAACAUUCUGCGUGAUUUGCACUAAUGAAUACAACCCUGGCUCCCCAUCCCAAAAAAAACAGUUUUCCUCCGUUCCCUGUUACAGCUAAACCACUCGUAUUGCCUUAGCGCAGCCUAUGGAGUGAGCCAUCACUGGUUCUGGUGUGUGAAGGCAGGAUUUUUGUUCCAGCUCUUAACAUACCUCAUUUAAUCUAGCCUAAUCGUGGUCAACAAAUCAAUUCAAGACCAGGAGUAGUGGAUUCAUUUUCUUUUAAACUUUAUUUAACUAGGCAAGUCAGUUAAGAACAAAUUCUUAUUUUCAAUGACAACCCACUGUUCCUAGACCAACUGCCUGUUCAGGGGCAGAACGACAGAUUUGUACCUUGUCAGCUUGGGGGUUUGAACUUGCAACCUUCCGGUUACUAAUCCAACGCUCUAACCACUAGGCUAUCCUGCCGUGUUUGAGCUGGGUCGGGACAAAUACCUGCACACACACAACUCUUUUAAGACGAGAGUUUUGUUUCCCCCGGCCUUAUCUAUAGUGUAGAUGAACCUAACGCAGAAAUAGCCACCACUCUGUGGUUGUCUGGGUGGAAGACCCUGAUCUGAUGCCCUAAUUCACACUAAAUGGAGGCUUGACCAGUUCAGUACAGCUCGGGUUUGUCCCUAUAGUUGUGAAUCAAGUGUUUGUUUGUUUAUUUUUGCUUUCCUGAGAACUGAAACGAUAAUACUCUUAACAUGCCAAAUGAAUCAACUUUCCCCCCCGUUUUUAACUUUGUGUCUGCAAUCUGAACUGGGACCCUAGUCCAUAUACAGGUCAUUACCUACAGAGUCUAAAGUAUCACUAUGGUAGGGAAUAGGUUGCCAGUUCAGACAAAGUCUGUGUUUUUUCCUGCUUUUGGACCUCUUGAAAGCCAGCUUUUUUUUCUUUUUUUUUACACCACAUAAAGAAGGCAGAACAAAAUAAAUCAAAUGCAUUGAGUUUGUUUUUUAAAAAAUGUCUCUGAAUAAAAUGUCUUUGUCUUCAGGCUCUCUUGGUUGAGCGCGUCACUCUAAAAAAAAGGGCAGGUCUGACAGCAUUGGAGAAAGGAAAGGUCAAGAAAUAAAAGUUGGGAGUUGG